GUACACAUGCACAAGCUACUUCAUACAUGCUUCUGUUCGCUUGAAGAGUGAAGUUCUAAGACAUGAAGUUAUUUGUAUAUUCGUUUGUUUUGUUCAUUGUUAGUUGUGAUUGCAAGGUGUUCACAAGAUGCAGACUUGCUUCGGAGUUAGUGAAAAUGAAGAUGAUAGAAAAAACUUUUUUGAGCAAUUGGGUUUGUCUCAUAGAAAAAGUAAGCAAACGUGACACCACGGCCCUGGAAAUCAGAAAUGGCAAGACAUUCUAUGGACUUUACCAGAUUCCUAACAAAUGGUGCAGAGAGGGAAAGAAAGGAGGAGAUUGUAAUAUAGCCUGUGAAUCGCUCCUCGACGACAACAUAAGGGACGACACAGCCUGCGCCCUCCGUAUCUUCGAACAGGAGGGCUUCAAGUACUGGACUCAGUGGGAAAAGAGAUGCAAGAACGACAACCACUUUACAACUGAAGUUUAUAAAUGCCCUGAUCUUCUUAUGGUCAAAACAAGUCAAGAUGGCGACCUUUCUAGCAAUGACUUAAGAGAGAAAAGAAUAGUAUCUAGAAGAGGCAUGGAACGUUCCAGAUUCUUAAGAUCUUUAAGAGAUUUACCCUGGCUACGAGCAUAAGCUUGGAAUAUGGACAUUUUUACUGUUUUUUUUCCACUUUGUGUGGUUUUUAUU